UUUUUCUUUUUCUUUUUACCCUUUUCUCUUUUUUGAUUAAUUAAUUAAUUAAUUAAUUAAUUACUCUCUAAUUAUUACAUUACAUUACAUUACAACAACGAUAACAACAACUUCGAUGGUUCUCUUCUCCAUAUUGGAGUGUUGUUCUUGUUCUUUAAUUACCUUGUUUUCAUUACUCAACAACACAUGUGUCGAUCACCCAGUUAUUGUUACAUUUUCCACUUCUUCUAUCUCACUACCAUUAUAAAUAAUUCAUACACCCUUUCUCUUUUCUGUAUCCCUUUGAUUUGAUUUGCGUCGGUUCUUGUGAGAGCGGGAUAGAAUAUUUUAAUACACCAUGUUGCAGGAUGUGUUUGAUCAGCCACUGCCACCAAAGGUGGAGCAACAACUCCCCAUUGAUGAAAUUUCAAGCCCAAUCAGUGCUAGACUUUUUGAGCUAUGUGACUCUGAUUUGUUCCCAGAAGCACUUCAAAACUCUGAGGUUACUUCAAGCUCAAAUUGUUGCUAUGAAGAGAACUCCUCAUAUGCAACAAACAUGUCUCUAGCAUUAGAAGUAGAAACCAAGUUCAAUAAUAAUAACAAUAACAAUAAUACAAAUAGCAAUAAUAGCAAUAACAGUGUCACCACCCCAAGUAGCACCACCACCACCAACAACAACACAACCAACAGUAGUAACCUGUCAAUCAUCUUUGACUCUCAAGAAGAGCUUGACAAUGACAUCUCUGCCUCCAUAGAUUUCUCAUCUUCACCUGCAGCUUUCAAUGUUCCACCGAUGUUCUCAGUCACAACAAACCAUCAUCAAGAACAGUUUGAUUUUUUUUCUAUUGUGGAGGGCUUCUCACAGUAUCCCACUGACACUAGUGCUGUUGCACCUCCUCCUCCUCCUCUCAUGGGGGCUCCUCAAUUGCCUUCUGUCUUUGAAGAGGAUUGCAUUUCUUCUGCUGUUCCUUCUUAUGUCACUCUCAACCCUUCUUCUCCUUCUUGCUCUUAUCUCAACCCUGCUGCCAUUCCACCACCUUACAUGCCUCCUGCUGGUCCCCUGGCCACCGCCUUGUCGGCCGACCGUGCCGCUUUGUUCACCGGAAGCAUGCUUCUUGGCUCUGAGCUUCAGAGACCAGACCUUGAAUACCAAGGCGAAAAUGGUGGAAUUUAUUGUACAGAUUCAAUUCACAGAGUGUUUAACCCUCAAGAGCUUCAGGCACUUAGUACUGAGAGUCAGCAACUAGUGGCUGGAGGUGGGAGUUCUGCCAACUUAACGCCAGAAAUCUCAAACUUGGAGGACUCUAGCUUCAAGGUUGGGAAACUCUCUGUCGAGCAAAGAAAAGAAAAGAUUCAUAGAUACAUGAAGAAAAGAAAUGAAAGAAACUUCAGCAAGAAAAUCAAGUAUGCCUGCCGCAAAACUCUGGCAGAUAGCCGGCCGCGAGUUCGAGGAAGGUUUGCAAAGAAUGAUGACUUUGGAGAUACUCAGAGACCUGCAAGUAGCAAUCAUGAGGAAGAAGAUGAAGAAGAAGUAGUUGUGAAAGAAGAAGAUGAUAUGGUUGAUUCCUCAGAUAUCUUUGCUCAUAUCAGUGGAGUGAACUCCUUCAAAUGCAACUAUUCCAUCCAGUCCUGGAUUUGACUAAAACAAAAACCAAAAAAAAAAAAAUGAAAAAAAU